AUGGUUGAAUUGUCUGAUUAUCAACGACAGGAGAAGGUAGGUGAAGGUACAUAUGGAGUUGUUUACAAAGCGCUAGACACGAAACAUAAUAACCGAGUAGUGGCCUUGAAAAAAAUCCGUCUUGAAAGCGAAGACGAAGGGGUUCCUUCGACAGCAAUUCGAGAGAUUUCCCUUUUAAAAGAAAUGGAAAAUGACAACAUUGUGAGAUUAUACGAUAUAAUUCACUCUGAUUCUCAUAAGCUAUACUUGGUUUUUGAGUUUUUGGACUUGGAUUUAAAGAAAUAUAUGGAACUGAUUCCUCCACAGCUGAAUGCUGGUCUCGAGCCCGAAAUGGUUAAGAAGUUCAUGUGUCAGUUAGUUAAGGGGAUCAAGCAUUGUCAUUCUCGUAGAGUAUUGCAUCGAGAUUUAAAACCUCAAAACUUACUAAUUGACAAAGAAGGAAAUUUAAAGUUGGCGGAUUUUGGAUUAGCUAGAGCUUUUGGAGUUCCUUUGAGAGCAUAUACUCAUGAAGUUGUAACUUUGUGGUACAGAGCGCCAGAGAUUCUAUUGGGUGGGAAACAAUACUCAACUGGGGUAGAUAUGUGGUCAGUUGGCUGUAUAUUUGCCGAGAUGUGUAACAGGAAACCAUUGUUUCCAGGUGAUUCUGAGAUUGAUGAGAUUUUUAGAAUCUUUAGAAUUUUGGGUACACCUAAUGAACAAACUUGGCCUGAAGUGCAAUAUUUACCCGAUUUUAAACCUGGGUUCCCGCAAUGGAAAAAGAAAGAUUUGAGUGAGUAUGUACCUAGUUUGGAUCCAAAGGGGAUUGAAUUGUUGGAACAAAUGUUGCAAUAUGAUCCAAGUAAGAGGAUAAGUGCAAAAAGAGCAUUGAUUCAUCCAUAUUUUACAGAAAGUGACGAGACAAAUGAUAAUAAUAACAAUGGUCAAGGUAAUGAUAAUGGUGAUAGGCAUGGGAAUGGGAAUGGGAAUGGGAAUGGGACUGAUGGGAAUUUUUCUAUGAAUAUGGGCUAA